ACACAGAGCAAUCAGGACGUCACGGCUCCCCCCGAAGCAAUGGCCCAGCCCUACCCCCCAGCCCAGUACCCCCCUCCACCACAGAACGGCAUCCCUGCCGAGUACGCCCCACCCCCACCACACCCCACACAGGACUACUCGGGCCAGACUCCGGUGCCCCCGGAACACGGUAUGGCCUUGUACACACCAGCACAGAGCCAUCCGGAGCAGCCAGGGAUCGACGCCAGCACACAGUCCAUAGCCGGAACCCAGACUCAGACGGACGAAGCAGCGCAGACGGACAGUCAGACACUGCAGCCUUCCGACCCCUCAGAGAAGCAGCAGCCUAAACGGCUCCAUGUCUCCAACAUCCCCUUCCGGUUCAGGGACCCCGAUCUGCGACAAAUGUUCGGGCAAUUCGGAAAGAUUCUAGAUGUGGAGAUCAUUUUUAACGAGCGGGGCUCCAAGGGCUUUGGGUUUGUAACUUUUGAAACUAGCUCAGACGCUGACCGAGCCCGGGAGAAGCUGAAUGGGACCAUCGUAGAGGGACGGAAAAUUGAGGUCAACAACGCCACGGCCCGCGUCAUGACCAAUAAGAAGACGGCCAACCCCUACACCAAUGGCUGGAAGUUAAACCCUGUAGUAGGCGCAGUGUACGGGCCUGAAUUCUAUGCAGGUAAGGUUCUACUCUGCCAUAGGACUGAGCCAGGUGUGCGGGCGGGCUCUGACACUCACCUUCUGUCUCCCUCGCCUGCAGUGACAGGAUUUCCUUACCCCACCACGGGCGCGGCAGUUGCCUACCGGGGUGCGCACCUGCGGGGCCGGGGCCGGGCCGUGUAUAACACGUUUCGGGCUGCGCCACCCCCGCCUCCCAUCCCGACUUACGGAGCGGUCGUGUACCAGGACGGAUUUUAUGGUGCCGAGAUCCUGCAGGGGGGCUAUGCUGCCUACAGAUAUGCUCAACCCGCUGCAGCAGCUGCCUACAGCGACAGUUAUGGACGGGUGUAUGCCGCCACUGACCCCUACCAUCACACCGUCGGCCCUGCGGCCACCUACAGCAUUGGAACCAUGGCUAGUCUCUGCCGAGGAGGGUGCAACCGCUUCACCCCCUACUAG